AUGCCAAAUCUCCAAUCUCCUGUCCCUGCAGCACAGGGCAAGAUACAGCCCCAAACACAUCGACGAACACAUUCCUUAACCCCAGAUACAGCUCGAACGGUCUCAACAUCAAAGACAGCAUGGGCAGAGACUCAAUUUGCAGAUGAGGCAUUUAGACGAACAAACCAAAACAAGAUCGAAGCACCUGCUCCCUUACCUGCGACUGCGGCCCUCACUGCGAGGAACACUCCAUCAACGGCUAAUGAAGGAACAACUCCUCCCCGACCAACUCGAACACACCAACGCUCCCUUUCACAAUUAUUACCUUCCUGGAGUACACGUCAAACGUUCCAAGCUACCAACGGAUCGGCAGAUAGUUCACCAACCAAGGAGGAUCUACCAUUCGAAUACAUGGCGUCGCUGACUGGAGAUAAAGGUGGUCGAGCAAGAGUUUCCACAAGGAAAAGUGGUUGGUUUGGGGGAUCUUCGGCUUCAGAAGUUACAGGAUCAGAACAAGAUGAACUGGACUCGAAAAAGGCAUCUGCUAGAGAACCUUCGCCAAAUCAAAAGCUCGAAAAAAGGGGAACUCUCCCUGUCCUCGACUCCAACUCUACUCCUGCGAAAUCAACCGGCGUCUUCGGUUUCUUAUCUUCUUCAAAGGCUUCUGCACAACCGAUUCAACUGCCUUCAGAUCUGGACAACGACGAGUAUAUCAAGCUCGAUAUCCAAUCUUCACUAUUUCCAUCCGGUCAAAUAGACACCUUCUCCCCUGCUGCCUUCAAGAAUCUUCGCGUUAAUGCCGAGGGCGUCGUCCAAAGACUCCAAAACGUAUACAAACUUCGCACUAUCCAAUAUAAUGAAAUAAGAGCUGAAAAAGAUGCACAAGAAGAGGAACUGGAAGAGGCCGAGACUCGCGCAAAAUUUCUUAAACUUCAACUAGAAGAUAUGAUCAAGAAAUUCAAUGAACAAGACACCACUAUAGAAGAAUUAGUAAACCAGCUUGCUGAAGAAAAACUGGCUCGCGUGGAAGAGAGAGAUCAGUUUAAUGCUCAGAUAAAAAGGAGGGAAGAAGAGGCGAGGAUUUCACAACAUCGUGCAAGCUGUUGCUCGACGGCGGGAGAAGAAGAUCUAGGCAUUCCCCCAGAUAUAAGAGCUAAGUGGAGGAAAAGUACAGGUAGUGCCGACUUGAGCGGCGAAAGUGACGAUGAUAUGGCAAGUGGCGGAGGUGAAAGUGUCUUCUCGAGAAGCCGGAGUCCCACACUUACAGUCUCGACUGUUAUGACAACCAAAGAUAGUACGAGAGACAGCACCCCUGAUGUUCCUUCAUCUUUUGGGCGUGUUGGGGCUUUACAAAAGGAUGCUCAACUGAACAAUAACCCCACGAUAGUCGUUCCCGCCAAACCAAAACCUCAAACUUCAGCUUUCAAAAAAAUGCUAGGUAUUGGCUCUGGUGAAUCAAGUCCUACAAAUGGAUGCGCGAAUUGUAGUGGUCAGGGAGCAUCGAUGGCAUGGGAUACUGUGGGUUUAUUAAGAGCUGAAAAUAAGACUCUAAAAGAUAGAGUCAAUCUAAUGGAAGGAGAGAUCGAAGGGGCUUUGGACAUAUGCGGAGGUCUGUUUCCUGUCGGGUCUGGAUUAUGA